UCCUUGGAACGUCCAUGGUUGAUAACUUGAUCAGCAUCAUUUUAACUGGUUUCUUAUCAUGGAAGCAUGCAGCUUCCCUAACAUUAGAAGUGAUUCUGCCAGAGCUUGGACGCGCCACCUUGAUCUUGUGGGAGACUUAUGAAACGACACUCCAUCAUCUUUCUUUUCCUCACAGUGAUGCAGGACGAAUAGCAAAUGAAUGUUUCAAAUCUGACAGUGACGUAGUUUGAUUUGGUUUCUCAUUCAAUUAGAUUUUCUACCAUCUUCAAUUGGAGGAUUCACUGCAGCAUUGUCUGCAGUUUAUAGCCUUCCUCUUUUCUGAGAACAAUAGUUCUGCUUGUGUCCCCAAUCUCUUUUGCGGGAUAACUCUCUGCGCACUGCUGACAAGAAAGUGGAGGUGUACAAGAAGGCAGUUUCACUUGUAAUGUGCUGUGUAGACAUUUGGCUGCAUUAUUGUACAUUCGGUGAAAGAAAGUAAGUCGUUUGGAGGGCGCAGCACUCUGCGAGAAAACACCGAAUUCCACCGUGGGACGCCUGGCGGGUGUCCAUUUGGGGACGCGGAAAUUGCUAUCAAACACGCUACGAAUGUCAACUGGCUAGCAGAUGCUGAUUCCAUGCUGAUCUCGCUUGGCGGCCUCGCCGGAAAAUUGACGCAGCGGCAUCUGGGACACCUAAAGACCCGGAUAUGGAAUCGGGACUACGUCGGAAGACCAACUUCCGGCGGGAUAGUGUCCUUAAAUGCGACAAUAACGGAGUUCAUGAGGGCUGGCGCAGUGGCAAACGCGCGCAAGCUGUUCGAUGAAAUGCCUCAGAGAGAUGUGGUCACUUGGAAUGCCAUGGUCUCCGGUUACUGCAAAAAUGGGCGUUUAAGGGAAGCCCGACAGUUCUUUGAUCAAAUGCCUCGGCGCGACAUUAUCUCAUGGAACGCCAUGAUCAUGGGCUAUGUUCAUAACUCGAGCUUGGAGGAGGCCCGCAAGCUCUUUGAUGUAAUGCCCGAGAGAAACGUGACAUCUUGGAACUUGUUGGUCGGCGGGUACGCCGAUGAAGCUAAUGUUCGUGUUGUCCAGGAAUUGUUUCAAAGGAUGCCUGAACGGGACGUUGCCUCAUGGACGAUACUUAUCGCGGCUUUUGCUGGGGAGGGAUGGAUCAACGAUGCGCGAAAAGUGUUUGAUGAAAUGCCUGAGAGGGACGUACGGGCAUGGAACACGAUGAUUUCUGGAUAUGUGAAGAAUGAGAGGGUUGAAAUUGCUGAAAGUCUGUUUGUGAAGAUGCCAAAACGGGAUACCUGCUCAUGGUUAGAAUUGAUCAAUGGCUAUGUUAGUUUUCGAAGGCUGGGUGAUGCCAUUAAAUUAUUUAUACACUCACCAGAUAAACCAAUUGUCUCUUGGAAUGCGAUUAUUAUGGGGUUGAUUGAUUGUGGUUUGGUCAAGGAAGCACACGCUCUAUUUGAGAAGACUCCAUGGAAGCACAUGUUCUCCGAAACAAAUUUGACAGUGGGUUAUUUCGAUGUUGGAGAUGUGAGAGCAGCCAGAAAAUUGUUUGAUUCGAUGUCGGUUCGAGAUGAAGUUACAUGGAAUGCAGCAAUUUCUGGCUACUCAAAGAAUGAGCUUGGAGAAGAGGGUCUGAAUCUGUAUGUACAAAUGCAUGAAGAAGGUGUGAAGCCUGAUCAUGCUACUUUCGUCAGUGUUUUGAGUAUUAUUUCAUCCUUACCUUCUUUAGAUAGUGGAAGGCAAGCUCAUGGACAAAUACUGAAGUUUGGCUUUGAUUCAGUCGUUGCCGUUGGGAAUGCUCUCAUAACAAUGUACGCUAGGUGCGGAAGCAUAACUUCAUCUUUAAGGAAGUUUCAGUACAUGAUUAACCAUGAUGUCAUCUCAUGGAAUUCUAUUAUAUGUGGAUAUGCUCAGCAUGGUAAUGCAAAGCAGGCGCUUGAUCUGUUUGAGCAAAUGAGACUAACAGAUACUAAACCAAAUGAAAUUACAUUUAUCAACGUCCUCAAUUCUUGUAGUCACGCUGGUCUGGUUGACAAAGGCCGACACUAUUUUAAUCUUAUGCAGACGUAUUAUUGCAUUGGACCAACUUCAGAACAUUAUACUUGCAUUGUAGACUUGCUUGGCAGAUAUGGGUUUCUUGAUGAAGCAUUAAAGUUCAUAUGUCAGAUGAAAUCUCAUCGACUCGUUCCUAGUUCAAGUAUAUGGGGUGCUUUACUUGGGGCAUGUAGAACCCAUGGAAAUGUUGAGCUGGGUGAGCUUGCAGCUAAUCAAGCUCUUUUGAUUGAACCAUGUAACGCUGCUGCAUAUCUGAUGUUGUUCGACCUAUAUACUGCUCAAGGAAAAAGAGAGGAAGCAGGGGAACUUCUUGCUCUGAUGAGGGAGAAAGGUGUAAAGAAAGAACCUGGUUGCAGUUGGAUAGAGGUCAAGGAUUGUGUGCAUGUAUUUCUUGCAGGGGAUAGCUCCCACCCACAGAUUGUAGGAGUUUACAGUUUGUUAAAAACUUUGGAUGCGGACAUGAAAAUGAAAAUGAGUGAAAAUCACCAUAAGCUUUUAAUAUUCUAGCGCAAGAAGUUCCUGGCUAGUUUCUGUAUCAAAUUCUUGCGUACAUCCUACUGUAUUCUUUAUGUGACUGUCAUUUUUCUGGUUUUCGUAGAUGCCAAUUCAAGUUGGAGUCUUUUGUGUGAUUUCGCUGGAGUUGCUGGCGUCUGGUCCAAGCCACCAUUGUUGUUUGGUUGGCCAGAAUUGGCGGAAUCUUUUGAAACUCAAAAAGGGCUACUCUUCUAACAUAUGA